AUGAAUAUAUUCGUCGGUAACUCAUCGAAGUUUUUCUUCCCAAUUUUCACAUUGAACUCCGCCUACUUUUUCGAUUAUUUCGCAUUGAUUUUUAUUUUUAUUCAUAUAAUGCUAACAAUUUUAUGCGUUUUAUUAACUAUUCAAGUUUGUAUAAUUGUCAAAUCGGUUCGAGUUUUUCAUAGUAAUAUGACAACAAUUAUUUUGGUGAUUUUGGGACAAUGGUUUGAAAUUUUAAUUGCUAAAAUUAUUUUAUUUCCAUAUCAAAUGGGAUUUCUCACAGUUGGAGAAGCCAAAGUCUUUCAAUUAUGGAUAGCGAAUGAUCCAAAAGAAAUGCCGCAAGUGGAGAAAUCAGAAGAAUUGACUCCGUUAUUUAUCAGUGGAAUUUUAUUUCUACAUUAUGCGUUCACAUUGACUUUUAGUGUUUUUAUUCUGACUUGCGAAAGAGCAUGUGCAACAUUUUUUAUCAAAGACUACGAAAAGAAGCCGCGUGCCUACAUUUGCAUAACACUUUUAUUUUUAACCCACCUGACAUGUUUUUCAUUAUCCUGUCUCGCCACUUGCGAGAUUAUGAACUUUACGACAGGUGUCGCUAUUUCGGGCUUUUUUAUUAUUGGAGCAGUUUUGAUCUAUUUUAUAAUUCUCCAUAUAAAUAUUGGAAUACAGAAACGAUUGGCUGAUCAUGACAAACAACAAAACUAUUAUUCAUUGGCAAUCAGAUUUCAAGCCAAAGAGAAUGCGCGAUCUCUGGAAUUAGCGAAAAAAGUUGUCCUUUUUGCUUCGUUUGCCAUUUUAUGUGGAAUGGCUUUGUUAAUUGUGACAGCUUUGCAUUUAAGCACCAUAACCCAAGACGGAAUCAAAGCCAUAACAGAACAGCUCUCACCAACGGCUCGUCUAAAUUUGGCAGCAUUAGAUCCAAAAUUUUUCCACGUGGCGACUAAGUGGCACGACAUCAAAACGUUAGUUUUUGAUGAGGAUGUGUCACAAUGGCAGACUCAUUUCAAAACCGACGCCCGUGAAACUGCUGUAAUGUUGUGUCCGGCCCUCAAAAAGCUGAUAAUUCAAGUCAAACUUACGGAUUUUGACGCAGUGAUGCUUAACAAGCUGAAUUUGAAGUUAACCAAACUUUAUAUAAGUACGGAGAACUUGAGCCUCAUCAACUUUCCAAAAUUUGAAAAACUUCGAACGCUACACUUGGUUUCUGACAGCACCAAAGAAAUGAAAGUGGUGGAAGUGGUGGAGCCAAGAGUUCUUACGGCUGCCUUCCCACAAACACUCACUAGGAUCUGUUUGACUGGAAUCUACUUGACUGAAAAUUUAGUGAAUUUCAUGGCGAAUCUCAAAAAUCUGAAAUGUUUGGAUAUGAUAGGAUGUUUGGUGGAUACGAGAGUUGGCGCUAAAUAUGUUCCGGUUUUGGAAACCUAUCCAUCGCUCGAUGAGCUCAGCAUUCCACCAUCGCUUUUCUCGUUUUCUGUAAAAUCGAAAACGCCAGCCGACUUGACUCUGAAAAAUUUGAAAGUUACUAAAAUUGGAAUCUAUAUGGACCAAUUCGACGAUGACACGUUUUACAGUCAGAGUUGCCGAUUUUUGCCAAAAAAUUUGAAAUAUCUGGUGGUUUUUGGAAACUAUUUACCGUUGAAAAGAUAUAAGCACUUGAAAAGUCUCAAGAAUUUUAUGAUUAUUUUUGGACCCAACACCUCAUUGGCAUCGUGUCCUCAAGCCAAUCUAACCAAUGUUAGGCUUUUAUCCCAUCUGGUCCGUGGCCCACCGUACAUCCCGCAAGAAUAUAAUCCAAACUUUCUGCGAAAUCACGACACAAUCCUUGGAAGUCUCCAGUGGCAAUUCAGUUUGAUUGAAUGGAAGGAUAAUAAUGUGUGCAGAAAGGAAGUUUUGGCACUUAGAAAACGAAUGAACGUAGCGGAAAAUGAAGAUGCAGUUUUUGAAGGGCUCAGAAUUCCGGCUCCCAUGAUUCAAGAGAGAUUCGGAGCGUUGAGAGAGCGUCGCAUGAUGCCAGGAUCCCCAAACGACUUCCAAGUCUUCCAAGAUGACAUCCCACAGGCACCACCCCUUCCUGUUCGUCGUCUAGCCCCUGCACCUCAAGCAACCCCACCACCAACAACUCGCCGUCGUUCCCGAAGAAUGCGUCACGGCUCCCAACAACCUAGAAGAAUCUCAGCUCCACGUCGUCGUCGCCCCCAAUCGGCUCCACCGGCACCAUUGCCAAUUGAGGAUGUCCUGGGACGUCGUCCACAGUCGGAUUCAAUGAGAACACAUCCGCCAUCACCACCAGUUGGAACACAGACAGGAGCUGUGUUUAAUGCGACUUUGCCAAAUUUGAGUCCGAUUGGGAAUAAUAACACUUCGACGGCUUCGAGAAUCGGAGGAACGGUCACUCCAGCGACGGCCCCCAAUGGAACGAGUGUGUUGAAUAGAGGAUUCGUGGCGACCCCACAAACAUCUACAGUUUCAAAUAUGGGAUCUUCGGAAUCCAGAAGACUUUCUACAGUAUCCACAACUAGUGAAAUGUCUACAGCUACAGCGUCACCAGAGAGACUUCAGAAUCCUGCUCCUACAGCUCCACCUGCACCAUCUGCUGCUGCUCCGCGAGCUCAAAAUCCUCCAGCUCGAAAUCAACAAAGUCAUUCUAGAGAAGACGACGACACUCAAGAUAUUAACAACCCUCCAUGA